UGCGUCCGGUUUGGGAGCAAAGGAAAACGAAACUGCAACGCGGAGGAGGACGGAGCCAGUGAGAUGGAACAUCCUAAUCUGGGAACAUCUGUCAGUACCAUGGCUGAAGGUCCAAACGAGACAGAAUAUCAAACAACUACAAAAGGAAUGAGAAUGGCCACAGAUCCAAACUCCAGAAUCACUGAGUUCUUGACAAAGUGGGAUGAUUUCCAGCUGUUCCAGUUGACAAAAUUUUACUGGGACAGAAUAGAACAGGCGAUUGAAGAAGGGGUGGAUGGAGUCAGCUCAUUGUUAACAUACGAGCAGAUUUUCAAUGGACAAGAACAUCGGAAAGUCACCGAGCUCACGGAUAAGGGAAACCGGGCGGAGAGUUCCAAGCUGCUCCUAAGUCUGGUGAUGGAGAAAGGCUCUCGGGCCCGAAGGGUGAUGUGGGAAUCCUUUGUGAAAGUGCAUCAUGGGGUCCCAAAGUUGGAUAAGAUAAUAAAAGAAAUACAGGAACUUGGUUCUGAUCCAUUUGAUUACAUGAACAUUGGAAGGGGCUUAUCUGAUGUACCCAGUCACCUGAAAGGUGUUCAACAGAAACACAAGGAGAUCCUCCGGGUUCAAACUGAAACAUUGAGAGUGAACACUAUCCUAAUAAAAGAAAAGGUUAAGAUUUUCCAGCUGAUUGAUCGAUACGCUGAGCUAACGAUCAUUUCCAAUGUUCGAGAUCGGACACUUGUCGAACAUGAACUGCUGGCAAGAGGCCGGGACCAUGAAGAGCGGAGAAAGAAACAUCUCUGGAGAGAACUGGAAAAAAUCCGAACUGAUCAAUUGUUCCAGAGCAGUUUUUCCCUGAGAAAAUCCGAAUCUGGGAAUUCUGCAGUAGUGAGUGGAGUCUCAGGGAUCGGAAAAACAACAAUGGUACAAAAGAUUGUUUAUGACUGGGCCACUGGGAAAAUAUUUCCACACUUUCAAUUUGUUUUCAGUUUUAAAUUCCGGGAUUUGAACAAUAUUAACUGCAGAAUAAACCUAAGGAAUUUGAUACUGGAUCAGUAUCCUUACUUUUGGAAUGUUCUGGGAGAGCUCUGGAAGAACCCAGAGGGAUUGCUGUUUAUAUUCGAUGGUUUGGAUGAAUUCAAGGACAGGAUUGAUUUUGCUGACAAUCAGAGAAAUACAAAACCUCAGUUCAUGUGCACAGAUCCUGAAUGUUCGUGUGAAGUGUCUGACAUUGUGUACAGCUUAAUACAGCACAAGCUGCUCCCAGGAUGCUCAGUGCUAGUGACCAGCCGCCCCACUGCAUUACAUCUAUUGGAAAAGGCUGAGAUUAGUUUCUGGGCUGAAAUCCUGGGAUUUGUUGGUGAUGAAUGGAAGGAAUAUUUCAACAAGUUUUUUGAAGAUCAGGAGGUGGCAGCAGCUGUUUUCAAACACGUGGAGGAGAACGAGAUCCUGUACACCAUGUGCUACAACCCUUCCUACUGCUGGAUCCUUGGUCUGUCACUGGGCUCAUUCUUUACACAAAGUGAUAGGAAACACCAAGUUCCCAAGACCAUCACCCAACUAUAUUCCUACUAUAUAUACAACAUUCUAAAAAACCAUGGCCGAGAGAUUGAAAGCCCCCGUGAUGUGUUCCUGAAGCUUGGUGAGAUGGCCUUCACAGGAGUCUCUGAGAAGACGAUUGUGUUUAGAAAUGGAGAUUUGAUCAAGUACAAUCUGCAACCUUCCCAGUUCCUGUCUGGGUUCCUGAUGGAACUUUUGGAGAGAGAUGAUUCCAUCCAGAGUGUGGUUUACACAUUCCCACACCUCACCAUCCAAGAGUUUAUAGCUGCACUCGCACAAUUCCUGACUUCAGACCCCAAGGACAUCCAGAAAUUCCUCAGCAAAGCGGACAGUGAAAAAGAUGGGAGAUUUGAGAUAUUUCUCCGUUUUCUUGUUGGUCUCUCCUCCCCACAGUCAGCUCAGCCCCUGGAGGAGUUUCUGAGUCCAUUUCUUCAUCAAACAACCUGUCGAGUGAUUGACUGGGUGAAGGAGAAGGUUAAAGGUCAGAUUGGAAACACAGUGACUGAAAUUGGUAAAAGGAACCUCCCGAACACAUUCCACUACCUAUUUGAGUCUCAGAAUAAAACACUGGCUCAGGCCACAGUGGGAUCUGUGGAAACACUUGAAUUUAGAGGAUUGCAACUGACCCCGAUUGACUGUACAGUCCUGUCUCAUGUCCUUGGACUCUGUGAUACAGUAAAAGAGCUCCGUCUAUACUAUUGUGACUUUGAGUGUGAAGGAUUCCAGUGGCUGGGAAACGUUCUGCACAAAUGCCAGAAGUUGAGAGUGGGUGAAAAUAAUCUGGGAGAUUCAAGAGUGAAAAUACUGUCUGCGGCCCUGAGGAAUCCAAGCUGUAAAAUUCAGGAACUGGAACUGUGUAACAAUGCUCUCACAGAUUCUUGUGCUAAGGAUCUUGCCUCCGCUCUCAGUACAAACCAGUCACUGACGAACCUGGACCUAAGUAAUAAUAAACUGAAAGAUUCUGAAAUGAAAUUACUGUCUACAGCUCUGAGGAAACCGGAUAGCAAAAUACAGAAACUGAACCUGUCUCAUAACCAUCUCACAGGUUCUUGUGCCAAGGAUCUCGCCUCUGUUCUCAGGACAAACCAGUCACUGACGGAUCUGAACCUUGGUUAUAAUAAACUGGGAGAUUCAGAGGUGAAUCUGUUGUCUGAGGCUCUGAGGGAUCCGGACUGUAAAAUACAGAAACUGUGUCUGAUGUUUAACAAUCUCACAGAUUCUUGUGCCGAGGUUCUUGCCUCUGUUAUCGGUACAAACCAGUCACUGAUAGAUCUGGACCUGGGUGUUAAUAAACUGGGAGACUCAGGAGCGAAACUACUGUCUUUGGCUCUGCAGAACUUGGACUGUAAAUUACAGAGGCUGAGGUGCACGAUCGAGGAGCCUGGGAGCGGGUGUGAAAUGCGCUUCUGCCCGAUCAGCCCCGCGACCAUGAUCUUACGCUGCUUGGCCAAUUGA